UUAGCUUUUCUAGCAUAGAGGCACAUAGCUUCAACUCUCACUUAGUUAUGUUUCAUGUUAUCACCUGAUAUGUCGUGCAACUAAUAUGGAACCACUGUUAAACGACUCGGUGCUGAGAAAUAGAAAAAAAGGAGCUGAAAACGUCCCAAGACUUCAAGUUUGACCUUAAGUGAGUGCAGUUUAUCACACCAUGUUGGUGACAGCGUACCUUGCCAUCACAGUCCUGCUUGCCCUGUGUGUUGGCCUCGAGCUCACAGCACGCCGCCUCACCCCACCUCAGCCGACUCCUACUGCUGUAGCCAACCCAGCCUUCCGUCGCUUCCAGAGUGUAUUCCUCCGGGCAUACCUGUUGGCUUUGUGGGCAGACUGGCUCCAGGGUCCUUACCUCUACAAACUCUACCGCCACUACAGCUUCCUGGAAUCCCAAAUAGCCAUCUUAUAUGUCUGUGGCCUGGCUUCCUGUGUUCUGUUUGCUCCCUUUUCAGGCUGGCUCCCUCAAAUUUUGGGCCGCAGACAGACAUGUCUUCUUUUCUGCCUGUCCUACUCUGCUUGUUGUCUCACCAAACUGUCCAGAGACUACUUUGUGUUGAUUGUGGGUCGUGUCCUGGGCGGUCUGUCCACAUCCCUGCUCUCCACCACAUUUGAGACCUGGUACGUGCACCAUCACGUAGAUGUCCAUGAUUUUCCCAAGGAGUGGAUCCCCAGCACCUUCACCAAAGCUGCUACCUGGAACCAUGCACUCGCUGUGGGAGCAGGGCUGGCGGCUAACCUGCUGGCUGAGUGGCUCCACCUGGGGCCCGUGGCUCCCUUUCUCCUGGCAGUCCCCUGCUUAGUGUGCUGUGCCUGGGUGGUGCUAACAGAUUGGGGCAAGGAAGAGGCUGAAGGAGGUUCUGAAGGGGACAAACAGACACUGCUCCUUGGCACUCCAAAUGGAGGUGUGACCCGUAUGUCUGUUAAAGCCAGGUUCUCACGCAGCCUCCAUGAGGGGCUGCGAUGCCUGCUGUCAGACAGGAGAGUCAUGCUUUUGGGUGGAGUGCAGGCUCUGUUUGAAAGUGUCCUCUACAUUUUUGUGUUCCUGUGGACCCCAGUACUGGACCCUCAUGGGCCUCCUUUGGGGAUAGUGUUCUCUUGCCUCAUGGCUGCCAGCAUGGCUGGUUCCUUGCUGUACCGCCUAGCCACCUCCACACGCUACCUUCUACAGCCUGGCCACGUGCUCUGCUUGGCUGUUCUGAUGGCAUUCUUCUCUUUCUUCAUGCUGACCUUCUCCACUGCCCCAGGCCAGCCUAGACCGCAUGAAUCCUUUCUGGCUUUCCUGCUGCUGGAGCUGGCCUGUGGCCUCUACUUCCCUGCAGUAAGCUUUCUCCAGGGCAGAGUUAUCCCAGAGGAGAAGCGAGCUGGUGUGCUGGCCUGGUUCCGGUUGCCUCUGCACCUGCUGGCCUGCCUAGGGCUGCUGGCACUCCAUGGAGAGGUAUCUGGAACAGGUGGAGGGGAGGGUGGCAGCGGUACCAGACACAUGUUCGGAGGUUGUGCUGUCAUGAUGCUGGCAGCUUUGAUGGCUGUCGUCAGUCUGUUCACCCUGGGAAGGAACGACACAGACUUGAAAUUGGAAGGAGCCAGAGGGGAGGGGGAGAUGUACUGAGUAGAUGGACCACAAAUCAUUUUAUUGUUGGACUGGUUUCAGUCUACAUUUUGCCAAAUUUAUCAGUGACAGAAAUGGUGUUUUGGUAGACAAAAAUUAAAUUGAAUUUCAAUUUUUAUAUGUUCACCUUGUUACAUCUUUGUUUUUUGAGGAGAUAAUAUUAAUAUUCAUUCUGUCUGUCUGUGUAACACUUUCUGGGAAUACGGCCAUAUCUACCUUCAUUUGUCAGUUAAAUUGCUGGAAACUUUGCCAGCGAUAGUUCAAAACUCCUGUAUCAUUCCAUUAACCAAUCAAGAUUGUACGCUAUUGCCUGAUUGUGUCCAUCCACAUGGAGAUGAGAUGAUGUUGAUGUGUUUGACAGGAUGUAAUGAAUAUCACCUGUCAGUGUCAAUGCUCAACGUUUAUCAUUAUUUAAAACCAGAUAGGUAAAGAUGUUUACAGAGAGCUGAAUUAAUAUCCAAAGAAAUAAGGUCAUGACUAGCAUGUUGACCAGUAUCUGAAUGUCAGUUCUUCCAGUACUUCUUGUAUAUUGUUUGUUUUUUCCAGUGUCUGUGUAUUUUUAUUGAAAAGAGCAAUAUACAGUAAGUCAGUUUUACACUGAAUGCUUUUGAGGUUUCUGCACCAUUUACAGGAUAUUUUCUCUGUAUUGUAUGAACAUUUCUUGAGCCUUUCGUGUUC